AUGUCGUUCUUCAUUGAGAACCCAAAUGUUGGCAACAAGGAAAGCGCUGAAGACUGGCGAAUCCGUGGCUACAACCCUCUCACAUCCCCCGACCUCCUCCAACACGAGAUCCCUCCAACCGCAGCAAGCAAACAGACCGUCCUUCAAGGCCGAAAUGAAUGCGCCGCAGUCGUCCAGAACGUGGACCCAAACCGCCGUCUACUGGUGAUCAUCGGACCAUGUUCAAUUCACGACCCAGAAGCAGCCCUCGACUACUGUGAUCGCUUAUUAAAAAUGAAAGAGAAAUACAAGGACGACCUCCUCAUCGUUAUGAGAUCCUACCUGGAGAAGCCCCGCACAACAGUCGGCUGGAAAGGCCUGAUCAACGACCCAGAAAUUGACGGUUCCUUCCUCAUCAACAAGGGUCUAAAGCUGAGUCGGCAGCUCUUCGUCGACCUGACCGACAAAGGCAUGCCACUGGCCAGUGAGAUGCUGGAUACCAUCUCUCCACAAUUCCUAGCAGACCUGCUCUCCAUCGGCGCAGUCGGUGCGCGAACCACUGAGUCACAAUUACACAGAGAACUGGCUUCCGGCCUGUCCUUCCCAGUCGGCUUCAAGAACGGCACAGACGGAACAUUAGGUGUAGCCAUCGAUGCGAUUGGCGCAGUGAGACAUCCGCACCACUUCCUCUCCGUUACCAAGCCUGGUGUCGUAGCUAUCGUCGGAACAGUAGGCAACGAGGACUGUUUCGUCAUCUUACGAGGAGGCACCAAGGGCACAAACUUUGACGCCGAGAGUAUCGCGGAGGCCAAGGAGAAACUACGCAAACAGGGUCUGAAAGAGCGAUUGAUGGUGGAUUGCAGUCAUGGAAACAGUUUGAAAAACCACAAGAACCAGCCAAAGGUUGCCAGGACUUUGGCAGAUCAGAUCGAGGGUGGAGAUGAGGGUAUCAUGGGUGUCAUGAUUGAGAGUCACAUUAACGAGGGUGCUCAAAAAGUACCACCAGAGGGCAAGAAGGGGCUCAAGUACGGUGUAUCCAUAACAGAUGCGUGCAUCCACUGGGAAGAUACAGAAACGGUACUAGAGAUGCUGGCAAACGCAGUCAAGACCCGCAGAGAAAAGCUAGGUCCUGUUGAGAAACCCACAAAUGGUGUAAAUGGAAGCCAUUGA